AUGAAGCCAGAGCCUUGCGGAGCUGGUGUGAGCUGGUGUGAACGAUUCUACAAUCCCUUUCUUUUUCCCUUUUUUUUUUUUUGGCUUAAGAUUCCACCAUCUCUGUCUUCAUCUCAAGUGUUGUAUUAACUAAUACAAAACUCAUACACACGAGAGAAAAGCCAUAGCCAUAUGAAUCUGGUGUAAGCGAUUCCACCAUCCCUGUCUCCAUCCCAAGUGUUGCAAACGUUUUCUUCGGAUUCCACUGUCUGCUUGCAUCAGCUCCAUCACCGCCCCAUCAACCCACAUCACCAUCCUGCCAUUUUCUUCCUUCUUGAAGCCUCUAGUUCACGUGCUCUUCACAAAGCAAGACUUGAACUCUCAGAGUGGAAUGGUACUGUGCUUGGUGUCGGAGAUUUACACCUCUCCCGAUCCUAAAUGGGCCAAACCUGUGAAGUCGUUUACUCCACCUUUCUCAUGAAUUUCUGGAUUUUAUGAAUGUCAGUUUGCAGAGAAAAGAUCCUGAUGGUCAAAGCUUAGCCUCCAUCGACCGUUUGUUCCUGGUCAGAAUCUUAUUUGUUGAAGUGCUAAGAAGCAAACACUUUGAAGCUUUGUGAGAGGAGAGGAAGGGAGAUAAAACCAUAUAACAUGGCUGACUUUGUUGUUCCUGUUGUCUGCGAGUUCUUGUCGAGGCUGCUUACACAUGAAGCAAAUUUACUUGAUGGAGUGAAAGAUCAAGUCAAGUUACUUCAAGGUGACCUCGGAAUCAUGAAUGCCUUUCUCAGAAAUUCCGAAGGGAAACAAAGUGAUCAUCCCUUGGUGAUGGAAAUGGUGGAUCAAAUAAGGGAUGUUGCCUUGGAGGCUCAAAACGUUAUAGACAAAUAUGUAGCCUCUGUCAUAAAACUGCGAAGAGGGACAUUACUGGCAAAAGUCAUCCAUUCAGUUAUUCAUAUUAAAUGUAGCGCGUAAGACAGCAAGCAUAAAGAGAGGGAUAACAAAUAUUUAUGAUCAACGGCAAGCGUAUGGCAUCGGAGAAGCUGAAUCUUCUUAUGUAGAUGUGGAGGCAGAGCAAUCGCUUCAAACAAGGAGGAGAAAUGUUGAGGAAGAUGAUGUGGUGGGCUUCAACAGCGAUGCAACAACAUUGGUAAAGCAGCUUACCUGUCCACAAGAUCAAAUGCUUGAUGUAAUUUCAAUUGUUGGCAUGGGUGGCUUGGGAAAGACAACACUUGCAAGAAAAAUCUAUAACAAUAGCCUUGUAAUGAAUCACUUUCAAUGUCGUGCAUGGGUUUAUGGAUCUGAAGAUUGCAAAACUCACGAGUGGUUGCUUGGCAUAAUUCGUUGUGUAAUGCAAGUGACAGUUGAAAUUUAUGAAAUGAAUAACGAAGCACUAAAGGCCAUACUUCGUCAUCGGUUGCAGGGAGAGAGGUACCUUGUUGUCAUGGAUGAUUUAUGGAGAUCUGAAAUAUGGGAUGAGGUAUGUUCUGCUUUUCCUGAUGAUUUGAAUGGAAGUAGAAUCCUAAUCACUAGUCGUAUACAAGAAGUGGCUUUAAAUGCUAGCGCAACUACUCCUCCUUUCUUUCUGCCAUUUCUUGGCGAGGAAGAAAGUUGGGAACUCUUCCAAAAGAAGGUAUUUCGGGGAGGACACUGCCCUUCCAAUCUUGAAGAUAUUGGGAGGAAACUUGCAGAAAAAUGUAAACGGUUACCACUUUCAAUUGUUGUAUUAGGAAGCCUCCUAGCAACUCAGGAGAAGUCUUACCGAACAUGGUCGAGAUUCAUUGACAAUGUCAAUUGGUAUCUCACUGAGGAUAAAACUCGAUGCUUAGACAUUCUAGCUUUAAGCUACAACCAUUUACCUCGACAUUUGAAAAUCUGCUAUUUAUAUGUUGGUGGUUUUCCAGAAGACUAUGAGAUCCCUGCAAGGCACUUAAUUAAUCUGUGGUCAUCCGAGGGAUUCAUAGAACAAAAUGGCAACAGAGAUGUGGAUGAUGUUGCAGAACACUACUUGGAACAGCUGAUCGAUAGAAGUUUGAUUCAAGUGGUGAGCAAGAGAAGUGAUGGAGGUGUAAAGACAUGUCGUAUUCAUGAUCUCCUACGAGAUCUCUGUAUAAAGGAAAGCAGACGAGCUAAGUUCAUUGAGGUUCAUUCUUAUUCUAACUUUUCAUCCAUGACCAUGAAGAGUAAACCUCAUAGACUUUCCAUUAUGAAUUGCAACAUGAAUCGAUACAUCUCCUCAGACACCUGUGAUCCAUCAUAUGCACGUUCUUUGUUGAUGUUUAGCAAAGAAGGAUGUUUAUAUGCAGGUCAAUGGAGAUGGGUUUACAAAGGUUUCAAGUUUCUCCGGGUGUUGCAUAUAGAGUUUGUGUAUAGCGAAGGAAUUCCUAGUGGAAUAGGAAAGCUUAUUCAUUUGAGAUGCUUUAGGAUAUGUAAUAAGGGUGGAGAAACGAUCAAAUUUAUUCCAGCUUCCAUAUGCAACCUUUUGUAUCUGGAAACAAUUCAUAUAGGUGGAUGUGUUUCUGCACCUUUGCCAAAGAAUAUUUGGAUGAUGAAACAAUUAAGAUGUUUGAUUCUGAGGGAUGGAAUGCGUUUGCCUGAACCUCCUAGAAAAAUGGAUGGGCCUCUAUGGAAUCUCCAAGUCGUUUCUAGACUAGAAGUUACUCGGAAAACAGCUCAACUGUUUACCAUGUUUCCAUAUGUAAGGAAACUUUAUUUAGAAUUUCAAACUAUGGGAACAGAUAGAAAUGUGAUAACAGAAUUAUUACAAAAGCUUGAACAUUUAAAAUGCCUGCAAACCUUGAAGGUUCGGAACUUUAUCACUGAAUCUGAGCUCCUUUUGAAAUUCUUCCCAGCAAGACUCACUAAGAUCACCUUCGUUUUUUCCAACUUGGUUAGGAGCCACUUCAGUAUACUGGGACAACUUCCUAACCUUCGUGUCCUGAAGUUGAGAGAUGCAGAUAAACUUUACCAUCUCAAAUUCUUUGCAGGUGAGUUUCCUCAACUUGAAUUCUUUGGGAUGAAAGAUCUACAGGUAGUUGAAACAUGGGAACUGGAAAAAGGUGCAAUGCCAAACCUUGGGCGUUUAGUAAUCUGUAAUUGCUUUGCAUUGAAAGAUUUGCCUGAUCAACUCUGGGAUUCAACUUCUCUUCAAAUUCUAAAAGUGUCAGGUGUCUCAGGAGAUUUGGAGAAUAGGCUCAAGAAUUUGAGUAUGAAGAAUCAAGUAAAGGUUCUAAUCGACUAGCUUUGACAAACCUCCCACGGCCCUGCUGUUUGUUUUUUCGGUACUUUCUUUUUUUAGUUUUAUUUACAAUUACCUUUGUGAUUGCCAAUAAAAUGCCAUGACUCAUGAUAGAACUUUUUAUUUUUAUUCUUAUUUUUUUUGAAUUUAUGCCCAUCUUGCAAUU